CGGUGGGACGCGGCGCGGCUCUGGGAACCCAUGUUGGGGCUGGGGCUGGGGCUGGGGCUGCUGCGGGCGCUUGAGAGGGAGACCGCGCGCUGAGCCCGGGAUGAGGGUCUGGGAGCUGCUGACCUGCUGCUGCUGGCUGUUCUUGCCGGUGAGCAGCAUCCAUCCAGAGUGUCGUUUUCAUCUGGAAAUACAAGAAGAAGAGACAAAAUGUGCAGAGCUUCUAAGUACUCAAACAGAAAAGCACAGAGCCUGCACUGGUGUCUGGGAUAACAUCACAUGCUGGCGCCCUGCAGACAUCGGGGAGACUGUUACUGUGCCUUGCCCCAAAGUGUUCAGCAACUUCUACAACAGACCAGGAAACAUAAGCAAAAACUGCACUAGUGAUGGGUGGUCGGAGAUAUUUCCUGAUUUCAUAGACGCAUGUGGCUACCAUGACCCUGAGGAUGAGAAUAAGAUCACAUUUUAUAUUCUGGUGAAGGCCAUUUAUACCUUGGGCUACAGUGUUUCUCUGAUGUCUCUCACAACUGGAAGCAUAAUUCUCUGCUUCUUCAGGAAGCUACACUGCACCAGGAACUACAUCCACCUGAACCUCUUCCUCUCCUUCAUGCUGAGAGCCAUCUCAGUGCUGGUCAAGGACAGUGUACUCUACUCCAGCUCUGGUACACUGCGUUGCCAUGAUCAGCCAGCCUCCUGGGUCGGCUGCAAGCUCAGCCUGGUGUUCUUCCAGUACUGCAUCAUGGCGAACUUCUACUGGCUCCUGGUGGAGGGUCUCUACCUGCACACCCUUCUGGUGGCCAUCCUUCCCCCAAGCAGGUGCUUCCUGGCCUACCUUCUGAUUGGAUGGGGUAUCCCCAGUGUCUGCAUAGGUGCGUGGACAGCAACCCGCCUUUCUUUAGAAGAUACAGGUUGCUGGGACACAAACGACCACAGCAUACCUUGGUGGGUCAUUCGGAUGCCCAUUCUAAUUUCUAUUGUAGUCAACUUUGUCCUGUUUGUCAGCAUUAUAAGGAUCUUACUGCAGAAGCUAACUUCCCCAGAUGUUGGUGGCAAUGACCAGUCACAGUACAAGAGGCUCGCCAAAUCCACACUGCUGCUAAUACCACUGUUUGGUGUCCACUACAUGGUGUUUGCUGCCUUCCCCAUCGGCAUCUCCUCCACAUACCAGAUCCUGUUUGAACUUUGCGUCGGUUCCUUCCAGGGCCUGGUCGUAGCGAUACUGUACUGCUUCCUGAACAGCGAGGUACAGUGUGAGCUGAAGAGAAAGUGGCGAGGUCUGUGCCUGACCCAGCCUGGGAACCAGGACUACCGGCUGCAUAGCUGGUCCAUGUCCCGGAAUGGCUCAGAAAGUGCCCUGCAGAUACACCGUGGCUCCCGUGCCCAGUCUUUCCUGCAGACAGAGACCUCAGUCAUCUAGCUGUAUGUCACACAAAGCUGACAGUGCUGCUAGGUUUGACACAUGUGUUUGCUGGCUUCCUCUGCUGUCGCAGUGUUGGAUGUCCUGUUGGGUCAGUCCUGGUCUUUGCCCUGAUCCCACUGUGUAACUUGAUUGAAACACUAAUUAUUAUCAUCAAACUCCAGCCUUUAGACCAUCAUGCUCACAACAUGGCUCAGCUGCAUAGGCAGGUAGACUUCCAAAGAGAGCGGGAAAGCAAGAUGGCCCUGAACGUGAAAACCGGUACUUUGGCCCAGCCACCUCUGAAGACGACGAGAGGGUUUCUGGUUUCCUUUUUGCCUCCCGUCAGGGGAACCAUGUCCAGAACUGGCAGUGGCAACUGACACAUGAGUGUUAAUUUCUGUGGAAUUCUUCCUCAAUCUGUGGCAGACCAGGGAAAGCAACCAGGAGCAGCCCACCCUGCCUAAGAGGCUGCCUGGUUCCCUUGGCCUCCGGUCCUGCCCUCUGGGACUGUUGCUCCAAACCUCUACACCCAUACAGCCACACCCUUGCCACUCCCUGGGGCAUUCUGUAAUGACAGAAGUCAGAGAGGGUGUUCAUGGUUCAGUGGCCCAGCCAGAAACCCACAUUCUCCUAGGGUACUUGGUACCUGCCACUUCCUGCAAGUGGUAAGGCUGGCAGAAGCUCUGGGAUCUCUCAGGCUAACUCUCAGGCUACAAUCCUGGUGACUGUCCACAUAGCCCAAGGAUGUUUUCUGAGUGACAGGAAACCUGUUCUAUUUUUAAUGAAAACCACCAUUUGUCUAAAUGGAGAAUGAUUUACCAAAUGUAAAGUGGCAUCAAGUACACCUAUCCAAUAUUUACCAGUAGCACUCCUCACUUUCCCUACUUCAUUUGCAGAAAUGGACAGGUGGAUCUGAGGGAAGGUACUUGAUGUGGCUGCAGAAGCAGCCAAAGUGUGGGAGGGCAUGGUCCCUGUAGUGCCCAGAGACCCUAGAAGACUAUGCCUCUGCCCAGUGCAAGGGCCACAGCUGCUGGAUCUGGCAUUCUGAACACAUUUUAUAUCACUUACCCCCUGCUCAAAGGAUAAGGGCAGCAAAAUCUUUUUCCUGUGGCUUCAGUGACAUGUAGACCCAAGCUGUGUAAAUGCCAGUGACCUCAACAGCUGUACCAGAGGUUUUGAGGUCAGGAGACAGCAAAAGUGAAGGUCCCACUCACAGGUCCCAGGAAAUAAAAGUACCUGGGAGCCUUAGGAUAACAGAGCAGUGACUGUCUAGAGACCAGAUCAGACCCAGAGGCCAGGCUUCUGACCUGAAUAACCUGGACCAACUGCAUUGUACUAUCCCAUGGGACACUCCUGGCCUUUUGCCUCAACCAACUCUGAACAAGCCCCCAGUUUGUCUAUAGUUUCAGUGGGUGGACAGCUCAGAGGACCUAGAAAACACUGCUAACCUGCCACCUCCUGAGGCUGCAAGGCUAGAAGGCAGGACGUGGGGAGCAAAUGGCCCAUGCCAGAUACCUCAGAAAAAAGCUGUUGACAGUGGCAGUGGGUGCAGCAAAAGAAAAGAAGUGGAUACUGGGAGCCCUGGGGACAGCCCUGACUCUCUUUGGACCUGCCUCCAGCACUACUGCAGCUUACUCCAGCAGUUCUGAAGAAACAAAACUUUACUGUAUCUGAAAAUGUCCUACCAACAACCACGUAUGGACACUGUGCCAUUACCCUGCACAAACAUGGAGGACCUGUGAGCACAAGCAACUGUCAGCCAACGAGCAGUCACUGAUCACACAUGGGACAUCUAGAUGUGUAAGGGAAACAGUCACUUCAGCCCAGCAUAUGCUAACACUAAACAAAGCUGGACCUGGGUUCUCUCCCUGAUGAAGGGAUGAGCUGGUUGUAACCUGGGCACCAGUAGAGCUGAUGGAAAGCAGAGAUGAGAUAGUGACAACAUGGUCAUCAUGUGUUCUUAUGUGUUAUAUGUGGAAUGUCCACAAACUGCACCACAGAGUGGAACUGAGCUGUGUACAUACUGCAAUAAACCUGAUUUCAUUCUGUC